AUGAUUGUGUUUUUCUCAUGCAAUGUCUAUUUCAAUCUAUCAUCGAACAUGCCAUCAAGUCCAGUAUCAUUCCUCGAUUAUCUCGAUACUCUUGCUGUGGUCAGUGGUGGACUCUUCGCCGGUACAGCCCUUUAUAUUUCGAUCGGUCAGGUGCCUGCAUUGCGUCAGUUUGGUCUUAGUGAUCAUUGGCGAUUUUUCCCGUACAUGUACAAAAAUGCAGCACCACCACAGGGAACCUUUGCUACUAUUGCCGGUGUGGCAAGUAUUGCGCACGCAACACGUAUUCGCGGUUCUCCAUUCGAUCGUAAUUUGUGGAUUAUAGCAGGAACAACAUUUCUAGCCAUCAUUCCAUAUACAUUCGCAUGUAUUGCACCAGUUAACAAAGCGAUUAUUGAAGAUAAUAAAAGUGUUGAUGCAGGAAACGAGAGUAAAGUAAAUGUUGGUGCAAAGAAAGAUUUGCUAGAUAAAUGGGCACUUUUACAUUUGGUUCGUACCGUUGGAUCGGUUGCUGGCUUCGGCGCCAUGGUUUUUGGACUCACUCGUCAUUGA